AUGCAGCAGCAGCAACAACUUUCCAAGGAUCACAGCGAAUCCGCUAGUACCAUUGGUGCAGCACAACAGUCUCUCAAAACCACUGGCGAUGAUAAAUCUCCAGCAGCCAGCGGUGAUGAUGAUGGAGGAAGACCGAAGAAAACAUUUAAAAUGCUAAGACCAAGGCAUCUAACAAGGUCGGUCACGAAACGACUUAUUAUUACUGCACCAGCAACGCCGUCCACCGUCGGUAAAUGUAAUGCAUGCAUACGCUUAUCAGUUUUUUUUUGUUUGUUUGUUUAUUUUUUAAUAUUUAUGCAAAUGCAAAAAUGCAUACUGUCAUAUGUGUGCAUGUGA